GGGGGGAACCGGGGCCGGGCCGGGCCGGGCCGGGCCGGGACACACCGGGAUACACCGGGACACGGCUCUGCCGCCACCGGGCACUGCGCCCCGCCGGGAACCGCCCGCGCCGGGCCCGCCGGCGGCAGCGGGAGCGGUACCGGGGGGUGUUUUUGGGAGUCCCCAGGAGUGCAGCCCAGCCCCCCAGAGCUCCCACCAUGGCAGACCAGAGGCGUCUGGCCUUCUCCAUCAUCCAGUUCCUCCACAACCAGCUGCAGAACGGGAGCAUGUCCCCGGAUGCCCAGGAGAGUUUGGAAGUGGCCAUCCAGUGCCUGGAGACAGCUUUUGGGGUGUCCAUGGAGGACCAAGGCCUGGCUGUGUCCCAGACUCUUCCUGAAAUAUUCCAGGCUGUUGCAGGGAAGGAGCUGGAACACAGCAGGACAAACUCAGAGCCCGUCACCCCCUCUGAGGACGACGUGGCCGAGGCUGAAAGGCUCAAGACCGAAGGAAAUGAGCAAAUGAAGGCAGAAAACUUUGAGGCUGCUGUGUCUUUUUAUGGAAAAGCCAUCGAAUUAAACCCAGCCAACGCUGUGUACUUCUGCAACAGGGCCGCUGCCUACAGCAAACUUGGGAAUUAUGCAGGGGCAGUGAGAGACUGUGAACGGGCCAUAGGCAUCGACCCCAACUACAGCAAAGCCUAUGGCAGGAUGGGCCUGGCCCUGUCCAGCCUAAACAAACACACAGAAGCUGUUGUUUACUACAAGAAGGCUCUGGAGCUGGAUCCAGACAACGACACCUAUAAGUCAAACCUUAAAAUAGCUGAACAGAAAAUGAAGGAGACUCCCAGCCCGACUGGAGGCCCAGGAGGAUUCGACUUGGCUGGUCUGCUCAACAACCCCGGCUUCAUGAGCAUGGCAUCGAAUCUAAUGAACAACCCACAAGUACAACAGCUCAUGUCUGGGAUGAUUUCAGGUGGCCACAACCCCAUGGGAGCCACGGGCACCAGCCCCUCCACCAACGACCUCGCCAGCCUCAUCCAGGCGGGUCAGCAGUUUGCCCAGCAGAUGCAGCAGCAGAACCCUGAACUAAUAGAGCAGCUCCGGAGCCAGAUCAGGAGUCGAACUCCAAGUGCCAGCAACGAGGACCAGCAGGAAUGAGCUCUCCAGCACAGCCCGGGGGAACUUUGGUGUUUGCUUUAAAAACUGGAAGCCAUGUGCGUGUUGCCAUUUCUUGAGUUGGAAGUGUCCAAGAGGGGGGAAAAAUAUAAUGGAAAAAAAAAAAACAAACCCCAACCCCCUUUCUCUGACCUGCAUGUUCAAGGCAGACUCACUCUCUGUCCCCAGUCCUCGGCCCUGCUCCUCCCUCUCACCCUUCCCAUUAGUCCUUUUCCUCCUGGAAGAGCCAGCAGGCUGCACACAGACCAGCAUCGAGGCUUUCUAACAGAACUGGGGGAACCACAUGGAUGCACUUCCAUGGGCUUUGCUCCCUUGGGGAUUUUUUUUAACCCGUUUUUUGAAGACCGAAGCACCGUCGCUCCAGGACUCCUUGGUUUUCCUGCCCACGGGCCACUUCCAAGAAGUGUUGAAGUCCCUCCUAACCCAAUCCUGCCACUCAUGAGACAACGUGUGACCUCUCUGGAGAUCCUGGGAUCUCGUGGCCUCCAGGAUUUUGGUUCCUUAGCAGGACUGCACUCCCCGGUCGGGGCUGGGGCAGCUUCGCCAGCGUCGUUAUCCCGGGAGUUUGGUGCUCCCCUCUCCCAGGUAAACAUGGGGGGGCUGGGACUGGCCAGGCAGAGCAUCCCCACCUGCUCCUCGUGCACUUUUUGGGGGUCAUUCUCCCAGAAAGUCCUGACAAAGCUUUAGGAGUUCUGGCUGUGUGGGAGCGAUCCGGGUCGGGUUGGACAGUGAGGGAGGUUAAAGGUGGUUUUAGUGUUUAAAAGGAGUUUUUCUUGGUUGUUUUUUUUGGUUUUUUUUUUUAAAUCUUUUCUGCAUGUAAGUAACAACCUGGCUGACUGUGCUCACGUAGGGAAAGAGGGGGCCAGGGUAGAGCAGAGGGAAUAAAAUGUUUGGAUCAAGGAA